GCGGCUGCGGCGCUCCGGCGGCGGGGUGAGCCAAAAGCGUCGUGCGUGUACUCAGUCGAGGCCUGCGCAGAGGGCCAUGUUCGCGUAGUGUACGGCCGAGCAAGGAGUCAUUUACGUUUAGCGUCGAAGCAGCCCAACGCCGGCGAGUGCUGUUGUCUCAAGUCGUGCGCCCAUCUGUGUGCGGCGUUGUCGUCUGCUCGGCCAAAGUGUGCCCGUGAUUAGUAGUGUGUAGCAGCCCCCGCUCGGAAAGCGCUUCUCGCCGCCCCCGUGUGACCAUGAUCAUGGAAAACGACAGUCAGCCGACCAACCCGGCCAGCCCCACGGAGGCGGCCCACGACCCCGGGAAGAUGUUCAUCGGGGGCCUGAGCUGGCAGACGGCGCCCGAAGGAUUACGAGAGUACUUCAGCAAGUUUGGUGACAUCACGGAAGUCAUGGUCAUGAAAGACCCCUCGACACGGCGCUCUCGGGGCUUCGGGUUCGUCACCUUCUCGGACCCGGCCAGUGUAGACAAGGUCCUAGCCAGCGGUCCCCACGAGUUGGACGGCAAAAAGAUUGAUCCAAAGAUUGCCUUCCCGAAGAGAGCACACCCAAAGGAAGGCCCUCCCGAAACACUGGCGUUAGCCCUUGACGGCAAUGUAAAUAGCUAUCUUGCGUACGCUUUCGAGGAGAUGGUGACCAGAACAAAGAAAGUGUUCGUCGGCGGCCUCUCUGCGCCCACAACGCUGGAGGACGUCAAGAACUACUUCCAGCAGUUUGGAAGGAUAGAAGAUGCGAUGCUGAUGUUCGACAAGCAGACCAACAGGCACCGGGGUUUCGGCUUUGUGACAUUCGAGAACGAAGACGUUGUUGACAAAGUGUGCGAGAUCCACUUCCAUGAAAUAAACAACAAAAUGGUUGAAUGCAAGAAGGCGCAGCCCAAAGAAGUCAUGAUGCCCAACAAUGUGGCACGGGGAAGAGGUGCCGAACUGGUGUGGCCGUUGGGUGCCCUCACUGAUGCUGGCUUCCCAGCCUACGGUUACGGCCGUGGAGGCUACCCCGGCUACCCAGGAUUUGGCUACCCCUUCGCAGUGGAACUCAACGGGCAGCAGACGUCACCACCGCUACUAACACAAGCUCUUUCAGCGAACAGCCCGGGCCCCAUGGACAUGUACAGCUCGAGCCAGGACAGCGUCAGCUACGUGCAGGCCACGUCGCCGCAGCCCUCCGGAUUUCCCCCGCUCACCGUGAGCAUGGGGCCUCUGAUGGCGGCCGCAUUCACCAAUGGCUACCACUGAAAGAACUCUGCUUUGCACUCUACUGUUCCUAGGCAAUACAAGACAAAGUUGUUGGUCCUGGCCAAGGAACCUUCGAGUGAACUGCGGUCAGAAGAGAGACAAAGCUUUCAGCUCCUUGGCUUCCUGUUCCUGUUUGCAAAAAGCCCCCGCUCAUGUGUGUGCAGUCUGGAGAGAAGGCUGCUGACCUGCACACACACACCACACGCUUGCACUGUUUCCUGGCUUCAUCAGUGGCGGCCCGCCUGCGGAUUCGCCUCCUCCUAUCAUAUGACAGGAGCCCCGCUUGUUUUGUUUGCUUCUUCCCUUGUUAAAGGAGAGAGAAGGUCUCAUUAUCGACUGUUGCUAGAGUGCUCUUUGUAUGACAACGACUUCUCUCCCAUUCAUGCACACGAACGGCUGUCCUGAAUCGCAGACUCUUUUUGAUGCAUCACUUCUGAUACAAAGCAGGCCACACAGAUUGUCAUCUCUCCAUCAGCUCUUUUGAUAUUUUUGUCAUCCUGGCAAAGCACAUGAUGUCUGAAGUUACUUUUCGCCUGAAACACUGCAAUAUCAUUUUCUGCUCUGAAACGCUGCAAGAACACUGAGCAUGCAAACAGGCUGUUGAAUUUCUGCUAACUCAAUAGUGACCCAUACGAAUGAAGAAGGAUAAGAGAGUGAAGGUCGCUGUUUUCUAACCAAUUAUUUUGUUCUAGUUCAAUGCAUUGCCCUUUUUUAUCAAGUGCACAACACAAAGCACCUUUUAAACAUUGUUUGCUGGAGGCUACCUUAAUAUGGGUUCUACUUUUUCCAGUAGGUUUAGUCGUCAUGACAUUCAGCGCGUACUUCUGCCCAUUGCUUCUGAGUCUUCACACAUACAAACAGGUCUACUUCAGAAUCCUGCUGUCACAGACACUGGUGGGAAAUAUUGAGCAAUAAGGUAUUUUGUUACCUCACAUUUUCUCUUGCCUAUCCCUUGAGUCAUGCCCCAUACCAUAGACCGCCCUUCUGUUUAGCAUAAAGUACUUCGCAAAGUGACAUCUGACAUGAGCCAUCAUAACGAUGCAUAAUGAAACAAUCUCUUUGCAGCCAUGAAAGUAACAUAAAAAAAUUUCUGAAAUGGCUGUGCCAGACAAAUUUGUAUUGAUGAACUGUAGGCACAUGGAGAUCUGUGUGACUGAUUGUGGUUGAGUUAGCCAAGAAGAUUGAUGUGCUUGUUGGUCAUUUAACCGGUUGCUUGUCCUUCGCGCAAGUAUAACAACAGUCUCACACAGCCUGCAUUGGUGUUUAAUGUUUCACAUGGCCGAGUAUGAGUUGCCAACAGUCCUUGUCAGUGGAUCGUGCCACUAAAGCAGAUGGACAUGAGAGACAAAGAAAUUACGUAGUGUGUUGGUAAUGCUGUUGGCUAUUCACGUGUUUCUUUGAAUAUGCUCAGUGACCUUCGCUCUAUUUGUGGUGAUUCAUAGAGGCAUGCUCUAUUGCUCGCAAUGUGUGUAAUCUCUCUCUGCCCAUCUUAUCUCACAUAAUGAUUAGCCCUCGUUAGCCCCUACUUCACUCCCCACAUAUUUCCGUCUUGAGAUUUAUCUUGAACAAUAGGCGCACUUGUUUUGUAUGACAUAAAACAAGGAAAAAAAAGCUAAAUCAUAGUGCUGUGCACAGCCCUUCCUUGGAAGCCCUGUCAUGUUCUUGUGAGUAUAUGUGUGUGUAUGAAUGUAUGUCCUAUACCAUUGUUGUGCGUCUUAACUGUGAUGCUGUGCUGCUCUCAUGAAAGCAAAGCGCCACAUUUCGUUGCAGUGUUAUUUCUUUUUUUAACCCAUUUCAAGUGUGUGCGAAACACACGCUUAUUCUAAUGUGUGAAUGUCAUGAAUGAUCACGUAAAAAGGUAAAUGCUUUCUUCACUUGUGUUAAAUUUUAAUUUCUUCUUUUAGCAGUGAAAUAUACCAGCGAAAUAACUGCGCAGGCAGAAAAUAUAAGCUAGCAUAACAGUCGGUACUGUCUUAUAGCUAGCUAUACCAAGUUUUAUUUUUAUCAUUCAGCAUGUCUCCUUCCUUUUGUCCUACUGGUAAAAUGGAAAUGGCGCUACAGUGGCGCUCUCUUUUUAUGCAUACCUUGGUUUGCUUUCCUGUGUAACACUGAACGGUUUGAUAUACUUACGGCUGAAAUUUUUAUGCGUUAUUGAAUGCUGAGACUUUCGCAUGAAGUCUAAUUGCAGUUUAUUUCAUUUUUAGCAGCACAACCGUUGUGUAAUGCAAUAAUACAAUUGCUGUCAUUAUGCAGAGGCUCUGUAAAAUGAGUAGAUUGUGAUAUCUACAUUUAUUGUUAUUUAUUCUGGCUUUUAUUUCUUUGGGAUAUUCUGAGAAGCAGCUUGGACCUAAUUGAAAGAAGCACCUAACGAAGGUCCUCUUACCUUAUGUUGAUUUCCUAUAGAAUGAAUGUCACAUGCCAAAACAACAUUAUGUUUACUACGUUGCUUGGAUAACCAUGGCCUGUGUCAAAACAUCCUCCUGUUUCAAAAGGCUUGUGUAUUUUUAGUUGAAUUAUCAGAAGAGCUUUCGUUAUGCUAUGAAUUUGCGUAUGGCAAAUUUCACUCUUGCAGUCAUUAUAAUUAUCAGAGUACAAUGCUAAGAGAGUUAUCGUAGGCAACGACACUGGGUCAUUUCUGACAGAUGCUUCAAGGUAAAGAGGAAACAAUGCAUGUCUGAAACAGGUCAGUUUUAUAAAUAUCAGGGAAUAGUUAAAACAAGCGUGUACGACGUCAUAUAUUUUGGAGUAUGUCAAGCGUAGUUGUUAGACACAGGUUUACAUAUUUGUAUAUCUUUAGGUAGCACAUAGCUUCAAUGCUUUUUCAUUGAAUGCGCUCGCAUUUUUUUUACUUCAUUCAGCUGUCCUGGCCAGUUAGAUUAAUUAUGAUGCUUUGGAAUUAUUCAUAAAGUGCAUGCUACCACCUUCUACUGAUGGCCAUUUUAACUAUAAUUGAUUUAUUCCAACAGCAAGAAGCCAAAUACACACAAAGCUUCCGUGAAAACAUGCUUGCAAAAUAUUGUGCAUAUGGGUGUUUGUGAGUGAAAUGAAAGGACUAUUACUGUCGACAACUAAACACUGCGUUAACUGGCACCUUGUACACAUGAAAACGAAAACAAAGAGCAAUACAAAACACUUGUCAUCAUGCACAUGUGACUCCCAUAACCAGACCUCUACGUCCGUUAAGGGAACCUUUGUUGAUGCUAGAGGCUCGCAUACAUAUGGUUUUGUAUUUUAUUUAUCUCAAGUAACUUUUUACUCACAUGAAAGUGUUGUAUGUAGUUUAUUUGUGGGCCCAGGUGCUUCCUGUUUAUGACUUUGUUCCCACUUUUACACUUGCAGUAGUGAUGCUUUAGAGGAACCUAAAGACAAGCCUGCCUAAGGGUAGGCUUAGCCCCUGAAAUAUUCAACGAGAUACAGAAAACAGUAGGGAUGGCUAGUAGAAUGCUUCACUCUUGUGAGUUUUCUGCCCCUUUCCAGCAGUGCUAAUCAAAGUAUGACACCAUAACCCUUCUUCUCCUCACUCUGUUGUUGGCAAAAGCAUGAAUCUUGCACCACGCAGCUGCUGUCGUCUCCUGUGGCUCCUGGCAGGCUCGACGCAUUUCGGGGGUGCAUAUACACAUGUUAAACCUCAUGAAUAUUAUUUUUUAACACACACAUUAGUCAAGUUGUACAGAUGGUGCACUGUCACCAUAUCUAUUAGCUUCAGUCUUUUUUUACUUGUUUUUAUAUCUAUUGUGAAAAGGUUAGCCAUUUCUAUGGCUGUUAAAAUGGCAUCAGAAUCUGCCGGGUCUCACGUUGUCAUCUUAAUCUUGUUAGUAAGCUAUGCUGUCACGUGAUAAGAUAUACAUAAAUAUCUGCCUUUAAGACAUAAAUAUGUAUUAGCACUUGUAGGACUAGCAUUGCUUAUUUACCACAAAGCAGCCUUGUUCCUGUAUCGACGACUGCCUGAUAUCAGAGAUCCAUGAUAAUUAAUUAAAAAUAUCAUGCAAUGGCAUAACAACGAAUAAUUAGCUAUGUGGGCAGAACUUACAAUUAGGAUUUCGAAUUGUCUUUAUUUAACUAAGGUGUGAUUGAGAACAAAAAAAAAAAACACUCUGUGUAGGAUAAACUAACACAUGCUAAUGAGCACUUUGCUUGAAGUCUCUUUGGCAUUCUUAACAAGCAGUUUCUUGGCAAACUUAGAAUCAAUGGCGCACCCAAAAACCAACUGCACACCUUGGUGUUCACAAGAACUGCUUCUUAAUGAAAGAACAACAUGCUAUUAUUUGUUUGUCUUUCUCCUAAGGACGCUCCCAUUAUACAUUAGACUUCAAUAGCGAUGUUUACCUGAAGUAUCGUAAAAGGUUACGUUUACUUGCAUAUGCUGGAGCAUAGCAAACAAUACACUUUGGCAAUAACAGAAGGCUUCAUUUGGCACUUGUGAAGCAGUUCUUGACAUUACUUACUACAUAAACAGCGCACGCAAUUUUAUUUUCUUUAUUUUACACUGCAGCAUUUAAUCAGUGAGCUUUGAGUGGAAUAUUCCUGGUAACACACAAACAUGUACUGGUACUGUAGUGUGCAGCACACACAUACGCUAUGAAAAAACACACGUCUUCCAAUACGUAGAAGAUAUAUAGGUUUAUGAAUGCGAGUAAAUAAUCAAGCUGGCGUCAACUUCGCUUCUAUUCAUUUUAUCCUUCGACAGAGCAAUAUACCUCCUAGCAGGGGAAAAACUACCGAUAAGCUGAGCCUUGUAUGCUAGUCAUUAAUAUUGUAACACUAUUUUGUAACUCAGCAGCCAUCUCGCUGUUCAUUUCUUUUCAUUUGAACAGUUGGCAUUAUUUGUGAAAGAAAUGCAUUUCACAGCAUUGUCCUUGUACAAGCCAUGUAUUCCUUUUGUUAUGUUUCAUAAAUUAUGCCACCGUGCAUAUUUACUAUAUGCACACCGUACAAAUUAUUUUAAUUAAUAGUAUUCAAUGCUCACCUAUGCUCUAUCUUUCAUUUUGUUAUGUUCAGUGAACUUCAGGCUUGUUAUCAGCUGUGAUGCUGUCAUGAGCUAUAAUCACAGACCUUGAUUUAUGUUGCACUAGCCCUUUAAAAUGUAAUCUACUCACUACUUAUCAUAUAUAAAAUAUGUUGGUUUUAUGCAUUGCUUUUGGUACUUCAUAUCUGAAGGUAGAGAAAAUAUAUGACAUCUCACAAAACAACAAAAUUGAUAUCGUUCACCAUGCAUCAUGAUUUUGAUGUUGAUUCCGCCUCGCAUAAGUGUUAAAAAUUGAAUUUAUUAUCAUUAAUAAGUUCAUUUCUAGCAUCAGUUGAUUCUAGCGUCGUUCAAAUAUAGUUCAUGCGACAGAUAAUAUGUACAAGCAAAAAACCUUUUCACAUAUAUCUUGGCAGAAAAAGUAUACAUCCAGCUAUGUCUGUUGCUAAAAUGAAACAAGUACCAUGUAAAGCAUAUGGCAGCAAUGGGUACGUGGGAGUAUCUCUUGUUGACUUUUGACAAAUCGUAAAUCUCGUCAAAAUCACAUUCAGAGAGAUUUGCCAAUUGACCUUACAAGCUUAAGCUUGUGGCCUUCGUUGACUGUAGUCAUAAUAACAGCUUUAUAGCUUUAUUAUUCUCUUGACAAUUUCGCUUCCGUACUCGUCAGCAUUUAUUUGGUAUUACCUCUUGUUUCCACGCUUUCGUUCUAAGCAAUCAUUUUUUCAUUUAGCCAGCUGUGGCUUCCUUAAUUUCUUUGUCAGUUACUGCGCAACUCGUACUGCUCUUAUACAAAAUGUAUAACUUAUUGUUGCAACUGAUCAUGAAAAUUAGCAGUUGCAGCAAAACCACGUUUGUUAAAAGCUAUUGAUGCUGGCUGGUGCAUUCCAUGAGGCAAAAAGUGCCCUCAUGUUGCAGAGAACAAGUAAGAAAAGACAGUUCUUACUCCGUAACCACAGUGUCUUUAAUGAGUUUAAGACAAAUGAGAAAGGCUGCAGUUGCUCCAAGUGACCUCUGCCUACAAGUAUGUGCACUCUAUGCAGACACUAUUAGCUUAGCAGGUUCCGUGUACUUUAUCAUUUCUGGCUCUCUUCAUUGCAUUUGAUGUAGGCUGCUGAUGGUAAUGUAUAUAUAUAUUAGUCAGCAUAAAGCCACACUUUUCUUGCUGCCUUGGGCAUAUUCACAAAUACCCUGUGGUGUCAGUCUUAGCUAGAACUUGCGAACAGACUUUCCUUUUACAUGUACAUUAGCUUCCCCGCAUGUAGGCAGACAAUAUAACUAGAGGUGAUACAAAUACAUUACUGUGUCCUUUGCCUAAAUCGGUUCAAUUAAUAUUUUCAUCACCGUGCUUGAUGUAGAGAAACUCUUGAUUGAUGAAUGGCUCAGUUAUGUUGAGUAGCAGUUCAACGUAUGUACAAUAUCCUUAAGCAUUCAAAGUUUUCAACAAUAUCGCGCGAGCCUGGCGCGGGAAGAAAUAAACAAACAUCAAAAAACAAGAGAGAGAACAUGCACACAACGAUAUUUUUGUAUCGCUGACUUCUGGGGUUGGGACGAAGACGUGCAAACCAGCGCCCUCAAGGCUGCCCACACCUCAGUUUCAUCGCCGAAUGACGCGUUUGUAGGUGUUUUCGCCAUGCGUCGCGCCUCUCCUUUGGUCUUCCCUAACGAACGCAGUUGGCAUGCUGUUAAAAAGCACUGAACAUAAAACUCGAUUUUCAAAACGUGCGCUUUGCAGUUCACCAUUUUUGUGCCUGCAAUGUUGUUCUCACUUAAAGACCAACUGCAUUUUGUUAUUUAACUUGAUUUUUUCUUUAUGUGGCAUGUGUGAGGCAUUACAGCAUCAAUUACUACACGGCAAUUAGUGCUUCGGCAAUGCUAGAGCACAUGCAUUUUUACUGCUCUCACGGUGCGCCCAUUACCCCUUUCGCAGCUGUUACAGCUUGCAAGGCAAACGCUUGUGCACAAGUUGUGUAUUCCUGGAAAAUCCAACACUAAAGAGGGCAAAUGGUGUGUGAUAGGCUACAUCACUUCAACAUGCUGUUCUUUUUUCUUUUUUUCACGUGCGUCUUGCUGUUUAAUUCAUGUCUGAAGGUCACAAAAUGUGUUUUAGUUACUGCUGUUGACAGAUGUGCAGUCAGUUAUUAACAUUCACCAGGUGAAUGCUUUCUGACGUGCACUUAUUUUGUGUGUCUAUGCACUGCACAACCUUCGUAGUGUAAGUGCUGGCUCGAAAACUUCACUUGGGCAAUAUGACGCUUAUACAUUUAUAGGAUGGCGCCUCUGGAAGUCUAAUAACAUUUCUCACAGUACAUGAAAAAUGGAACAUAGCACAAAAAAAAAGCUACCACAACUUGCUUAUAAAUUUAGAUUUUGAAUUGUAUUAGUAUUUCUCGAAUAUGGUUGUUUAAUGAAGAUUUACCUAUAUGCGGACUCACUUAUUUAUGAGAUAUUGAUUUAAUAAGCCUGGUACACAUGAAUAAAAUGUUGAUUAAAAAAAAAUAAAGAAAAAAGGCUGCAGAGCAGUUCCUUAGGCAGAACAGUGCUAGAUUCAUCAAAAUUACAGAAAAGAGAAAUACAGCCAGUUGCCUUCAUUACCACAGCCUUUGUCACUUGGAAAGUGUCUCGCUUUUUUUCAUGCUCAGUACAUCUAGUCAUUUAGUUCUUGCUUUGAGGUCUGAAAAAGUGAAGUCAAAUAUCUCGCAAAUGGCAAUUCAAAACCUGCAUGCAUUAGCCGCUCUAGAACCAUUUUUCAUUCUUCAUUUUAUAUACUUCUUGUAGCUUGGUUUGAGCAUAAAGUUUCGAAUAAAUGCUUAAUCACAGCUGCACCCGUUGCAACCUAACAGUGACUAUCGUACUGAGCAAUACACAACAGAACAAUGUCGAUAAAAAAAGUCAGAUGUGCUCUUCUCUAUUUAUUCACCUGCAAGGACACAAUCUAAAAAAUGUUUUGAUGUUAUGGUGUGUACGCAUAUAAUAUACCAAUCACUAAUAAUGGUGAAAAAAGCAGCCUAUUUACCAAAGCACACGCAUGUUAUAAGGAAAUGUAUGUGAUGUAUAGGCCACCUUGUUCUCUUUUGUACAACGAUGUGUUGUUAUGGUUUUAUUUUUUUGUUGGUCCAAUAUGUAUGGAGCCAACGCUAUUUCCCUCCUUGUGCACAUGAUUGUGCGAUUCCUAUGUAUGCGUGAAACACACGACAUGCACAACACGCCUCUCAGGGCACGACGGCAUGCUUCACACACACAAGUAAAUCUAAUAAAAACAUCAGAUGAGAUGAGACAGACAAAGAUAUAUUUGAAUGCUGUUGGUAUACUUUUUUCUUGCACGUCUGUCUGUACAUAAAGCUGUGUAUGUAUGUAAAACAAUCCGUGUUCCACAUCUGGAGAAAUUCCAUAAUAUCUGCCUUAUAUUGUGCUAUAUAUUCAACAAGUGAGAAAUACAGAAACAAGACAUACAGCAAAGAAAUACAACAUUGACAAACUACUUUUCCGCACGACGCAGAGCACAGCACCUUCUGGCAAGGCACUGUGGGCCACUAAAAGCAAUAUGAUGUUACUGAACAUUACUCCAUGUACAUAUAUUUAUAUAUAUAUUACAAUUACCAACAACUCUCUCUAUAUAUAUAAAUAUAUAUAUAUAUAUAUAUAUUAGAACUGGUGACUGUCAUGUGCCAUGUAUGUGUGUGUUUUAAUAAUAUUGAUUAUGAUCACUGUUGUGUGAUUCCUGUCAAGGGGAACGUGUAGGCUAAUAAGAGACCUCUUAUUUCUGGCCUCCUUCCUCGUGUAAGGCAAGUAGAACAUACAGACACUCUGACAUUUGCUUGCACACAAAAGAUACACACACUCUAAAUGCUGCCACCACUCUUUGGCUACACCCUCUCCAUAAUGGAGAAUGAAAGGAAGACUAACAUGUAAAGAAUUUUCUUGUUCCUUUUUCCACCCAGUAAAGCUUAAGGGCGGCAUUCAAACUAUGGCAAUAUACAUAUUAUAUACAUACUUAUACAUGCUAUACAUACAUACUAUAAUAUAUAUACAAAAUAUAUAUCGAAAAAACUGACACUCAUAUACACCUGCUCUUGAAUAUGCACUGUAAUCACGUGAGUCUCUCUCUCUCUCUCUCUCUCUCUAUCUAUCUAUCUAUCUAUCUAUCUAUCUAUCUAUCUAUCUAUCUAUCUAUCUAUCUAUCUAUCUAUUUACUUGUAUUUGCAAGCAAAGUGUACGAGGGAGAAAAGGAGGUCUUAUAGCUCUCAACUGCUUCUUCUUUUUUCUCAUGCCUGCUUACUCCAUGCACUGAGAUGCCUGACAAAGCAUCAUCAACGAAGCAACAGCUCUCACCAACGCUGAAAACAAAUCCAGCCACAAUUUGUAUGGCUUUCCAACACAUGCGCUUGUUUCCACUACUUCGACUACGGAAACAGCACUUUAUUUUUAAUAUAACCCCUUCUAUUAACUUUCAGUCCAACUACAAAUUGGCAUAAUGUUUUCGUCAAAAAGGUCCACAAAUGUUAUAAAGGAUUUGAUAGCAACAUGUUAAUGUGGCAGACCUUAAUGUUCCGUUUUGAGUGCUCUCCUUUAAAAACCGUUUGCCAUUUGUGCAAAAUUAGUCUGUUCACACUGUCACAUCACAAGGUGUUAUGUAAAAAGGCGCAUUAGGCAAAAGUUGCUAUUGGGCCAUCCAAAUUGCGUGAGAUGAUUGGGUGAUUGCAGCAAGCUCUCUUUCAUUGUUUCCUGUCUCAAUAGUCGGGUGCUUCCAACUAGUGCAAUAAAAGUGUUUCUACAGAGCCUCCUUGCCACAAUUCAAGCACACUGCAGUAUAAAUGUAUGCAUGUGUGUGUGCAGAACAAUCUACCUUUCGCUUGUGGAAAUCUUGUUCUACACUGUCGGCCAAUCAUAGGUUCAGACAGGUUAGAAAACUGAAGCGUGUGGUGGUGUCUUACUUUCAUUCCAGAAUAAAUGGCUUACCGUAUCUUCCAGUCUAUAAGUCGCACCUAUGUAUAAGUCGCACCCCCUCAAAACGGCAGUUUUUUCGAAAAAAUAAGCGUAUAUAAGUGGCACCGGUGCAUAAGACGCACCUGUUCGUUCAGUAAGUUAUAUAAAAAUACAGUGACGUUUCACUUUGUGAACGCGGGUCACGCACAAACGUAUCGGUGCCAUUCCUACAGAAUUGCGAUCGCAGUGAUAUGGACAUUCCAGAGGCGCAUUUCUGCCGUCGUUCAAUAGCGAUAACAUCAUCCUCGGCGCCAACUGCUGUAUGCGCGAAUGAAAGCGUCCGACGGUGAGCUGAUUCGCGCAUUAGGGAGGAAAGCGGGAAGGAAGCGGGGGGAAGAUGGGAGGUAGCAACUGCGUACGUAGUUUGCGUAGCGCCGCGUGCCGUAUGUUGAAAGCGAUUUGCAGAUGCGAUGAGCUCGUAGUCAGUCGACUCGCUGUCGGCCUGCCGCCGCUUCCGUUGCUGCCCCGGCAACUCGAUCGUGAGAAGAACCCGGUACCUCCAUAAUGCGCACACAACCCGUAGCAAUUAACUGCCAGAGGAGGUCAACCCAGUGCGCUUCGCGUGGUCAUAACACCCAGUCUAAUUUUGACGGCAGACCUUUCCGAAAAAAAAAAACGUAUAUUAGCUAGCACCGUUCUUUAAAACGCACCAAAUAGUAACAAUCAUAAAAAAACCUGGCUUAUGCACCGGAAAAUACGGUACUUCCAGAUCCUUUCUCAAAGAUUUUCCGUCAACUGUAGCUCCAUACACAUACAUCUUUUUCUUCUUUCCCAGAAGAACAAUUUCAUUUAAGUGAAAGUGUUGAUUAUUUGUUGAAUAUAUGAUUAUUUUUAAUGUCCAAUACUGUAAGUUUUUCUUUCUGUAGGGAACUUUCUAGUCAACUACAUUUUCAUUUGUCACCUCAAGGUGUGGCACCGUUUUCCUUUCGCAAAAGCCUCGAGAUCACUUCGAUCUUACCAAAGGGGUAUUUUGACGAGAUCUUGUAUCAAGCAACGAGAUUCAUUUUCUACUUCUCUGAAAAAUGGAGGUCAGUGUGGGCUCCUGUUGCAGACAUUUGUGCCACAGUAACUCCAUAAGGUCAUUUGUUUGGGUACGCUUCAGAGGCAGAGUGGCAUGCAGGUAGUGCAACAGUCGCGAACAUUUACAUACAUUGCAAUGUAUGUAAUGAACCACCUGAGUGCAUAGCAUAAUAUACUUAACCAUGGUUGAGUAUAUUAUGCUAUACACUCAGGUGGUUGGCACUUUUCAAGGAAAAGACUGCAACAAAUCCUUUUGUAGUUAAUGUUUGAGUGAUGGGUUGUUCUUUACAGUCCAUAGAAAAACUUUUGCUGUUUCCGUGCUCAUUCCAGAGCUUUAUGAAUUCAAUAAAUGGCUCCUGGCGUCAUAAAAUUCAACAAAAUGCACUCUUGCGGUUCUGUAUAAGUAGUGGAUGGUCUGCCAGUGAGCAAUUUAACCAUCUCACUAGUUAAUCAGAAAAUCAAUGGUAGUACUGAUUGCUAACGGGUGGCAGUAAUUGCUAUGCUAUAGGUCUGUCCCAAAUGAUAAUUCAUAGUAAGCAAGGCUAAGGAGCGCAAGUUGGAAAAAUCCGUGUUCAGGGGCUUGUCUCUGCUUUUCAACUUGUGCUCUCUCCAUGCAUAAAAGUUCGAGCCCUGUGCUUCAGAACACAAAUUGAAAUUCAACUAUACAUCUUGUUCAUAUACGUUGCCAAGGCUAGGUGGCAAAUGACACCUUUUACGUCACUGCAAACCAACAUGGCCGUUGCAGAGCGUGCACGCUGAUCGCAAUUUCGUUUCAACGGGCACAGUUCUGUUGAGCCUAAUACUAACACAAAACACUACAGCAGACAAUAUGUUUGGCCACACUCCCGUGAAUAAAAUGGCUUGGUUAAAGCUGAAAAUGCAAUGUAAGGCUAUGUUCUGCUCGUAUAUGUGGCGCACACAGACGGAAAAUCCAGGGACGAUAAAGAACACUAUAACCGGAAGUGCAGACUUAUUCCCAAAGGCACCGCUUCAGUUUACAAAAUGUCUGCCUCAUCUUCCUAUUCUUCUUACUCAGUUUCAUUUAUUGUUUUCCAUUCAGUAAAUCCAGGAGGUUGACAGAAAUACCAUAGAAAGACGGAUUGAAAAACCCCUUACUUGCUUGCUUGAUGCAGUAAUUUUUCAAACAGUAAGGAAAAUGAGAUAACAAUCCAGUGUGAGAAAAAAACAAGAGAGAGGGACGAGAGGUUUGAGACAAAAUAUAUAUAUAUAAAUAUACAUAUAUUUUACAAGGUGUGGACGGCCCACACGCUUUUAUGGAAAGAAAUGACACCAAAAAUUGUUUGUUAUACUGCUAAUGUUCUUGAUGUGCACGCGUCUUGGCAAAAAAUUUGUAGUGUGUGUGUGUGUGUGUGUGUGUGUGUGUGUGUGUGUGUGUGUGUGUGUGUGUGUGUGUGUGUGUGUGUGUGUGCGUGUGUGUGUGUGUGUGUGUGUGUGUACAUCUGAGUGACAGGCAGGACAUUUAAAGAAGUCAGCCUCUACUUGUUAAAAAAGUUGUGUGCAUGUUCCUUUCUUUUAAUGUCCCAUCAAUACUAUAUCUUUUGUGUGUCAUGCGCUCCUCUUCGUGUCAACCUUGGUGAAAUGAGUUUGUUUUGUCAAAAAUAAAACCAACUUAUUGGUUCUGA